AUGAGAAUCUCCAAGUCUAGCAAUAUUGCUAUCGUUGGCGGCGGCGCCUUUGGUCUCUCUACCGCGCUUCAUUUGACUGAAGCAGGCUACUCUAAUAUCUCAAUCUUUGAGCAGGAUGACCAGAUUCCUCCUCGCUACUCUGCGGCCAAUGACCUCAACAAGAUUGUCAGGGCCGAGUAUGAAGAUCCUUUUUGGACCGAGCUCACCAUUCAAGCAAUCUCCGCUUGGAAGACGCCCUUCUAUGCCCCCUUCUUCCAUCAAACUGGAUUCAUCCACUGCGUCUCAGGCAACGCACCCGAGGAAGCUACAGCGACUUUGAGCCGCUUCCGGGCAGCAGCCGACGCCCAUCCUCAGCUCAAAGAUCACGUACUUCCAUUCCACGGAGACGACGACAUCCAGAAGCGUUUCUGGCAGUACACUGGUUCGUUUCCAGGAUGGAGUGGAUACUUUAACAGUUUCGAUGGCUAUGCACACUCUGGAGCUGCCUUGACGGCUGCGUACCGAGAGGCGCAAGCUCGCGGGGUGAGGUUCUUCCUCGGUCCCCAAGGCGCAGUCUCCGAGAUUGUGUAUGAGAAGACUCCAAAUGGAAGAAGAGCAACUGGCAUCAAGACUAGUACCGAUAUUUUCCACGCAGCAGACUUGGUCAUCGUGGCCGUCGGUGCUGCCGCCACUAAGCUAGUACCCGAGAUCGGAACCCAAGUCGUCGCCAAAUGUUGGUCUGUCGCCCACGUCCACCUAUCCGACGAAGAAGUUUCUGCUCUUCGAGGUAUCCCCAUUACAUAUGCCAGGGACCUCGGUUUUUACUUUGAGCCGGACCCCAAGACAAAUCUCCUCAAGAUAUGCCCCAUGGGUGGUGGUUACAUCAACACGGACCCAAAGACUGGCUUUUCUCAUGCCCCCAAGUCACUUCAAGACAGCGCCUUUGUCCCUGCGCAUGACGAAGCCAAGAUGAGAAAGCUUCUCGCCGAGACUCUCCCAUAUUUGGCAGAUCGACCUCUGGUCAAAAAGUCUCUAUGCUGGUUUGCCGAUACGCUGAACUCGGACUUCAUCAUCGAUUUUGUACCUCAAACCUCAGAAUCACUGGUCUUGCUCACGGGUGACUCUGGCCACGGAUUCAAGUUCUUCCCCAUCUUUGGGUCUUGGGUCAAGAAACUUCUCGAGGAGGGUGAUCAAUCCAUCGUUAGAUGGAAGUGGAAGGAUCCCAAGGCCAGCCAGGAUGAUGCCAACUGGGGGGGAAGCGUCAGCUGGCGGCUGGGAGAGACACUGGAGUUGUCGGACAUCCAACCUCCUUCAGCCACCAAGCUGUAA